GAUGUCGGGGGACUGGGAUGAAGACCUGUGUAAGAAGGCGCUGGUGUUGGUGGAAGAGCUGUGCUUCAACUCCCCAAGGGGCUACAGCCAAAGCGAACGCUGCCAGGAGUUCACUUACAUGCUGAGAGGUCGCAACAGACUGGACACAGAAAUCUCUGUCAGUCUGCUGUCGGUCAUUGUGACAUUCUGCGGCAUCGUCCUCCUCUCCGUCUCCCUCUUCGUCUCUUGGAAGCUCUGCUGGCUGCCAUGGCGGGACAAGGAGGGCGGAGGCCUGAGCCUGACGUCGGGGCUGCUGCCCGGAAGCGCCGGCGUCGGAAGCCUCGGAGGCACGGGGGGGUCGUCGCUCUUGCCGCCUCUGCUGCAGAGGAAGGAGGGCCACUCCUCGUCCUCGCUCUACCCCUCACUGGGCCAGCAGGGCCAGCACCACCCCCACUUCUCUGACCUGGUGGGGCUGGAGAGGGGGGAAGUGGGAUGUGUGGCUGGUGGGCCACAAGAGACCCAGGAGCAUUCCUACCUGGACAUGGACUCCUACCCCAACAACGCAGGAACUCUGAAGCUGAGUCAGACGUCUCCGGAUGUGCCCAACACAGAGGGUGGAGCCCACCCACCAAAAGACCUGCCCAACGCUCAUUCCCAGCAGCAGGUCACCCCACGGCCCAAGCCCAUGACUCACCAGCUCUCCAGUCCGGAUUUCCACGGUGAGGAGAAGGAGCAGGUCACCAGCAUUGGGCAGAUCAAGCCGGAGCUCUACAGACCCAAGGGCGACCAGGGCGAAGGCAAACAGGGCGACAACUGUGGCAAGAUCAGCUUCCUCCUGCGCUACGCCUUUAACACGGAGCAGUUGGUGGUGAAGAUCCUCAAAGCUCUGGACCUGCCAGCGAAGGACGCCAACGGCUUCUCCGACCCGUACGUCAAGAUCUACCUACUGCCAGACAGGAAGAAGAAAUUCCAGACCAAGGUUCACAGAAAGACCUUAAACCCAGUGUUCAACGAGACGUUUCAGUUCGGCGUGCCGCUGAGUGAGCUACAUUCCAGGAAGCUGCAUUUCUCUGUGUACGACUUCGACCGCUUCUCCAGACACGACCUGAUCGGCCAGGUGGUGGUGGACAACCUGCUGGACUUCAGCGAGGGCAGCGGGGACAAACCCGUCUGGAGGGACAUCGUGGAGGGCACCGCGGAGAAGGCUGAUCUCGGGGAGCUUAAUUUCUCACUGUGUUACCUCCCCACUGCGGGCAGGCUCACUGCUACAAUCAUCAAGGCCACCAACCUCAAAGCCAUGGACCUGACCGGCUUCUCAGACCCGUACGUGAAGGCCUCUCUGAUCUGCGACGGGCGAAGGCUAAAAAAGCGGAAGACCUCCAUUAAGAAAAACACGCUGAACCCCACGUACAACGAGGCGCUGGUGUUUGACAUUCCCAAUGAAAAUAUAGAAAGUGUUUCCAUCUUCAUUGCGGUGAUGGACUACGACUGUAUUGGUCAUAACGAGGUUAUAGGGAUGUGUCGUGUAGGCAGCGAAGCUGAAGGCCCAGGAAGAGAGCACUGGACGGCCAUGCUGGCCAAUCCACGCAAACCCAUAGAGCACUGGCAUCAGCUUGUGGAGGAAAAAGCGAUUGGUACAUUUGUGUCGAAGAGCACUACAGAGUCCUCGCCUAAGCCUCACAUCGUCGUGGACAGUCCCCACUCUGAUUAA